GUUCCGAACCGCGGCUUAGACGGCGGCGGCGGCGGAGGAUGCACCCGGCAGGCUUGGCGGCGGCGGCGGGGACGCCCCGGCUGCGUAAGUGGCCCUCAAAGCGGAGGAUCCCCGUGUCCCAGCCAGGCAUGGCCGACCCCCACCAGCUUUUCGAUGACACGAGUUCGGCCCAGAGUCGGGGCUACGGGGCCCACCGGGCCCCCAGCAGCCUAGGCUACCCCGCAGCCCCCGCCUCGGCCCAGGCCACCUUCCUGAAUGACCCCGUGUCCAACAUGGCCAUGGCCUACGGGAGCAGCCUGGCAGCUCAGGGCAAGGAGCUGGUGGACAAGAACAUUGACCGCUUCAUCCCGGUCACCAAGCUCAAGUACUACUUCGCAGUGGACACCAUGUAUGUGGGCAAGAAGCUGGGUCUGCUCGUCUUCCCCUACCUGCACCAGGACUGGGAGGUGCAGUACCAGCAGGACACACCCGUGGCCCCGCGCUUCGACGUCAACGCUCCGGACCUCUACAUUCCAGCUAUGGCUUUCAUCACCUACAUCCUGGUGGCCGGCCUUGCCCUGGGCACCCAGGACAGGUUCUCCCCAGACCUGCUGGGGCUGCAGGCAAGCUCAGCGCUGGCCUGGCUCACCCUGGAGGUGCUGGCCAUCCUGCUCAGCCUCUACCUGGUCACUGUCAACACCGACCUCACCACCAUCGACCUGGUGGCCUUCCUGGGCUACAAAUAUGUUGGGAUGAUCGGCGGGGUCCUCAUGGGCCUGCUGUUCGGGAGGAUCGGCUACUACCUGGUGCUGGGCUGGUGCUGUGUGUCCAUCUUUGUGUUCAUGAUCCGGACCCUGCGGCUGAAGAUCCUGGCCGAGGCGGCGGCCGAAGGGGUCCCGGUGCGCGGGGCGCGGAACCAGCUGCGCAUGUACCUGACCAUGGCCGUGGCGGCGGCGCAGCCUCUGCUCAUGUACUGGCUCACCUUCCACCUGGUGCGGUGAGGGCGUCGGCCCGAGCCUUCCUCCGCUCUCAUCUCCGCCCGGGGCCGCCCCCGGCCCGCAGGCCUCCCCGACCCCCGUCCCCCCAAGGUGCUGAGAGAUCUCCCACUGCACAGGCCGCGAGCGCGGCCGCUGUUACCAAUAAAGCCGAUGGAGGG